AUGUUCUCCUACUUCUUCCACAUCUAUUGCUAUGUUGUCACCUACAUUACCUCCUUGAUCAACUCUGCCCCUUCUGUGAUCAACAUUAUUACUUCUCUCUUCAAUAUGCUCCAGACGUCCAACAAUAGUUCCCAAGGGAAACAAGCUCAUUUUGUAAAGGUGUUGGAUUGGGGGGGUUCUGUGGUGAUGGCUGGGGAAUAUUUGGUGGAAAAGGUAUUGAUUGAGGAGAGUUUAAUGGGUUCUGUGGGGUUGUUUAUUGUAAAGGAUCAGUGUGUGGAAGUGUUUGUUGAGAGGGAUGAGAUUGGGAAUGUCCAGGUUCCCCCUGAGCAGUGUACAAUGGAUUCAAAAGUAGGAUUCGUGGGAAAACAUCUAAAAGCUUAUACAGCUUUUCAUCCACAGAUAGAUGGUCAGUCUGAAAGGACUAUUCAGAUCUUGGAGGAUAUGCUAAGGGCUUGUGUUAUGGAUUUUGGAGUUGGUUGGAGUAAGUUCCUACCAUUAGUGGAAUUUGCUUACAACAACAGUUAUCAGGCUAGCAUAAAGAUGGCACCUUAUGAGGCUUUGUAUGACCGGAAGUGUAGAUCACCGGUUUGUUGGUUUGAGAUUGGUGAGAAGAGGCUAAUGGGACUAGAGUUGAUUCAGAUUACCUCAGAGAAAAUAGAGGUAAUUAGAAAUAAGCUUUAAACAGCUUAGAGCAGACAAAAGAGUUACGCAGAUAGAAGAAGGCGUGACUUAGAGUUUUCAAUGGGUGAUUGUGUGUUUUUAAAAGUAUCACCGACAAAGGGAGUAUUCAGGUUUGGGAAGAGAGGUAAGUUGAGUCCUCGAUUCAUUGGACUGUAUGAGAUUCUAGAGAGAGUUGGGACAGUUUCUUAUAGGUUAGCAUUACCAUCAAACUUAUCUUCUAUCCAUCCAGUAUUUCAUGUUUCCAUGUUAAGGAAGUAUAUGACAGAUCCAUCGCAUGUGUUAGAAGUUCAUCCUGUUGAAUUGAGGGAUGAUAUAGUUUAUGAGGUGCAACCAAAAGCUAUAGUCGACCAACAAGUGAGGAAGCUUAGCUCAAAGGAUAUAGCUUCAGUGAAAGUGCAAUGGAAGGGUCAUUCACGUGAGGAAGCGACAUGGGAGCUUGAGGAUAAAAUGCGUGAGGAGUAUCCUCAUCUUUUCGAUAAUCUCGAUAAUCCUGGUAUUCUACUAGCAGGACGUCAGUAGGAUUUUCUUCGGUGUCUGCUUUUGAUUUCUGUUUGCUUUCGAGUCAGGUGAGUGGAUAAUUUUCUAUAUGCAUGAGAAAUAUUAUAAA